AUGAAUGUUGAAAAAGAAUAUGCUGAAAUAUAUUGGAAAUCUAAGGUAUUCAUCAAAGGUAUUCAAUUCUCAACUGAAAAAGCUCUGCAAGAGUUGAAGACAAAAGUCAACAGAGGAUACGGUCAACAAGUAGAAGGCUUUAAAAAACUAGAAGACUUGAAAAACAUAAAGGUAACAUAUUCAUUGUAUCUCACCGUUUAA